UGUGUGUGUGUGUGUGACAUAGUGUGGGCUUGUCCUAUAAAAUGUGACCAUAAAUGAUUUAUUUUAGCUUGUUGUAUCUCAAUUAUGACCACAAUGUUUAAAAUAGAAGGUUUCAAUUCAGUAGCCUCUAAGAUUCUUUCAGUCUCUUAACUUUCUGCGAUUGUUAGUAUCUUAACUCCCUUGUUUUUGUGCAUUUGGAACAUCUUGAUAAGCUUUUGCUGAUAAUGCAAGAGUUAUACAUAUGAUGAUUGACUCAUUAUUUGCGAUCAGCAGUGAGAAAGGGUGCUCGGUUUCUUCUUCUCCUUUGUUUUUUAAAGGCUAGUCAAAUGAAGCAGUGGGAAUGGAGCAGAAACAAAGACAUCUGCAACUUGUAAUCAACUGGUUUUAGAUACCUCUGUACUUGGGCCAGCCAAAAAUGCUCCAUUUAGCAACUAUUGUCCUAUAGUCACAGUGCUAACAAAUUAUUUGGGUAGGGGAAUUAAAUAUCUGGAGGAUUCAAAUUACAGUUGUUACUGGAAAUAAUUUAGAGUAUUUCAGAAUUGGACAUAAAUCAAUGAUUAGAAAGUUGUUAUUUUAAAAAGAGUAUUGAAUUUUCUUUUCAACAUAGUGAAUGAAAAAAUGAGAAUAGCAAAUUAUGAUUAUUGGAAAGUCACACAAAUUUAGAAGAGUCAGUGGGGUCCUUGAAUUUAUGUCAAAGUACUUCUAUAAACUACUUAGUCUACUUCUCCCUUUUCAAGUAAAUUGUGUGUAGGAAAUAUAAACAUAUAUUGGCGACUCCAUAGCAGUUUAUGAGCCUCUUGACAUACCAUACCAUGGAUAACUUGUCAAGGUGAAUAAGGCAGGUCUGUUGAUGCAAUGAUGAUGCUUUCAUCCUUAGAACAAGCACACAUUCAGUAUUCAGACUUGGUUUCCCAAAAAGAUUUACAUAAAAAAAUUAUACUUGGUUUGAGAGAUGGAAUGCUAGAAGUAAAGGAAUGAUAAUUUUUAAUUAAUAAAGCCAAGCCACAUUUUCUGAAAGGUUUGCACAUACGAAGUUGUUUUAUCUUAUGGGAGACAUAUCCUGAAGACUUUGCAUGCUUCAAAACAUAUAUAAUUCCCCUUUAGUUGCCGUCUUGCAUCCCUGCAUGUGUGUGCCUAAUCUCAGCUGGCCCUCCUGAGACCCUGUGAGCACCAACCCUAAUUCCCUGCAUGUCCCCUUACCUGCUCUGACAGGAUGAAAGAAACAAUCAUGAAUCAGGAAAAACUUGCCAAACUGCAGGCACAAGUGCACAUUGGUGGGAAAGGAACUGCUUGUAGAAAGAAGAAGGUGGUUCAUGGAACAGCCACAGCAGAUGAUAAAAAACUUGAGCUGUCCUUAAAGAAGUUAGGGGUAAACAGUAUCUCUGGUAUUGAAGAGGUGAAUGUGUUUACAAACCAAGGAAUGGUGAUCCACUUUAACAACCCUAAAGUUCAGGCAUCGCUGGCAGCAAACACUUUCACCAUUACAGGCCAUGCUGAGACAAAGCAGCUGAGAGAAAUGCUACACAGCAUCUUAAACCAGCUUGGUGCAGACAGUCUGACUAGUUUAAGGAGACUGGCUGAAGCUCUGCCCAAACAGUCCGUGGAUGGAAAAGCACCACUUGCUACUGGAGAGGAUAAUGAUGAUGAAGUUCCUGAUCUUGUGGAGAAUUUUGAUGAGGCUUCCAAGAAUGAGGCAAACUGAAUUGAAUCAACUUCUGAAGAUAAAACUUGAAGAAGUUACUGGGAGCUGCUAUUUUAUAUUAUGACCGCUUUUAAAGAAAUUUUUGGUUAUGGAUAUGAUAAAAUCUAGAUCUCUAAUUUAAGCCCAAGCCCCUUGGACACUGCAGCUCUUUUCAGUUUUUGCUUAUACACAAUUCAUUCUUUGCAGCUAAUUAAGCCGAAGAAGCCUGGGAAUAAACUUUGAAACAAAGGUGAUUAAGGUUCUUUGCCUAGUAAAAAGCAAAAAACAAAAAACUUAUAUCAUUCAGGCCGGGCACGGUGGCUCACACCUGUAGUCCCAGCACUUUGGGAGACCGAGGCAGGUGGAUCACUUGAGUGCAGGAGUUCAAGUACAGCUUGGGCACCAUGGCGAAACACCAUCUCUACAAAAAACUAAUAAAAGUAAAAAUUAAAAAAUACUUACUUAAAUCUCACUUUUCCAUAAGAAUGCUUGUAAAGUGGUGGGCACAGGUUCUUUGGGAUAUCAAUCAAUAACUUUGUAACAUAUUGCUUUAAUUUUGCCUUUUAGUUUUCUGGCAUUAUCACUAAUAUUUUUUUCAGUUUAUUUUCUGCUAAAUUGUCAGCCUAGCAUAAAAAGAUAAUUGUUUGGCCUUCCUUAUAGAAUUUAUGACAUCUGACUUCUCUUCCAGAGUUAGUGAUUUUCAGGCAUGGUCACAGCAUUAACAUUAUAACAUCUAUUUAAUAUACACUUAAUGAUAUUGUUAGAGGAUAAAAAGUUUUUAAAAUUCAGUAGCAGUAGAAAUUGAAUUAAAAAUACAAUAAUGAACCAAAUCACCAUAUUUUUAAUAAAUAAAAAGAACAGUGUGGUUGACAUGAUCCUGACAAAGGAAAAUGAUACAUUUUUAAAUUGAUAAAAGUGAUGUAGCCAACAGGCAUUAGUGUAAUUAGUUUUAUAGUUUACUCAGCCAAUUUUUGAAUAAUAGAAUGUGAUUUUUGACAAAUUUUUAAAAUCUAGAGGGCUUUGUAUUAUUUCAAAAUUUUAUA